CGAGCGGAGGCGGCGGCAGCAGCUCCAGCGCCUCAGCGGCCCCCGGCUUUCUCCCCUCCCCCCUUCACCCCGCCAGCGCCUCCGGAGCGGGGCCCCGGGCUCGCGCUGACAGCGGCGACACCGAGGAUGGCGCGAGGCGGCGGCUGCUUGGGGCAACCCCGGCUGCGGCUGCUGCUGCUGGGCGGCCUCCUGUGCCUGCAUGGCGGGGCUCCGCUGGCGGCCGCCCCGCAGGGCCGCGCUGGGCGGGGGCAGCCGCCCGCCCCGUGCCAGGCGCCGCGGCAGUGGGAAGGGCGCACGGUGGCCUACGACCACAGCAGCGGCAGGAACACCAGGGCGGCGGUGUCCUACGACGGCCCCAACCAGCGCCUCCGGCUCCUGGAGGAGAGAAAGGGGCUCAUCCCCUGCAAGAAAUUCUUUGAAUAUAUAUUUCUCUAUAAAGAUGCAGUGAUGUUUCAGAUUGAACAAGUCACAAAGCUGUGCUCAAAGAUUGCUUUGACUGAGCCUUGGGAUCCUUAUGAUAUUCCUGACAACUCCACUUAUGAAGAUCAGUACUACAUCGGGGGGCCUGGAGAUGAAAUUAUGGUACAGGAAUGGUCUGAUAGAAAACCAGCCAGGAAAUUUGAGUCCUGGGUUGGUGUUUACACAGUCAAGGACUGUUACCCAGUGCAAGAAACCUACACCAAGAACUACAGCGUGACAACCUCCACCCGCUUUUUUGAUCUACAGCUGGGUAUUACUGACCCCUCUGUGUUUACCCCACCCAGCACCUGCCAGGAAGCCCAGCCGAUAAAGAUGAAAGUUGAAUGCUGAUUAUGGACAAUGGGUUGCCACAUGCAAACAAAUAAUGACACGGAGGAUAAUUAUUAAUAAUCAGCAACUGAUAUGUAACCUGAUUUUCAACCUGAUUUUUGUCUUUUUGGAAUUGUGAGUUUUCAUUUGAAAGGGAACACAAUAUUUAGUUGAACAGGAAGGUAAGAUGUGUAGCAAAAAGGAUAUCUUUAUUUCAGUGUUUCACUAAAUUAAACUCUGUUCAACGAUGCACUUGGUGUGUUUGUUACUGAUGAAGUAAUGUUUAUAGGCACUAUUUUAGCUGUGAAUAUUUUUUGAAAGUUUCAUUAUUUAAUAUUUCAAAAUGUCAACACAAAAGUAUAUUGGGUUCCUAUUAACAUAAAAGAAAAGUUGGAUAUCGUUUAUUACUUCUGGAGGGAUUUAUGGGGUUGAUAAAAUAUAUUCUGUGUAAGAGCUCAACUGUAACCAUAAAAUGGCAUAGUUUAAGCAGACUAUGUCAGAGUGAUUAAAUGCAUUCUCUUGGGGUUUUUUAUCCUUGCUCCUCAAAAAGCUUUCAGUCAAGUGUAUGGGGGUUUGAGGUUGUUGGGCUAUUUGCAAAGAAACCAGAGUGACUAUUCAUAUAAUACUACGUGACUGAUGUAAUACUUUAAUGGGGGGAAAAUAAAAAAUUAAGCCAAA